AUGAAGUUCACCGCCAUUGCUGCCCUUCUCCUCGCUGCCGUCGCAAGCGCCCAGUCUCCUACCUUCUCGAACUGCGCGACCGGUGCCACGGACAUGACGGUCACCGGCUUCACCUUGAGCCUCUACCCUCUGUGUGUCAACAAGAAUGUCUGUGCCACCGUUACCGGAACCCUCAGCACCCCUGUCAUCGCGGGUGCCAAGUUGGCAGUCACUGGCAGGUAUGGUGGACGCGUCGUCUACACCGACAACGCCGACCUGUGCACCCUCCUUGCCGCUUCGGGAUACCCCUGCCCCGUUCCCGUCACCACCACCACCGUCACUGCCUGCAUCCUCGUCAAGCCCACUGCCCCCACUGGCGUUCCCGUCGCGCUGACUAUCCAGGCCACCAACGGCAACGGCAAUGUGCUCUUCUGCCAGGUCGCCACGGUCACUGCCCAGACCUGCCCUUAA